AUGAUUAGCUAUGUUGUAUAAUUAUUAUGGUAAGGGCCAAGACGAAGGGUGGCGAAAGGGUUACACGAGAUCAAAGACACAGAAAUCAUGGAGCUUAUUUGUGCCAGAGAGAAAGUAUUCGUCAGCGUUUCCGUAACAAAACUAAUAAAAACUCUUUCAAGAAGCCAUUCCCGAAGUGUGUACACAGCAUUAUCCUAAGAAGCGGGAGGAGGGUAGCCGGCACGACGAAGAAAGGGACGUACCCCGUGACAAGGCUCAAAUUAACGGGAGCGCUCGGCACCAAAUUUACAUGGAUAUAUCUCCUUGAAAUGGAAAAGUCCAUUGAUGGCGACAAAAGUGUGCAGUUCCCGAAGUUUUUAAGGUAAAUCGAAAACAGAGAAGGAAUUGAAAUUUACAAUGAAUGAGUGUCAGGUGGUGUAUUGUUUUUACUAAUCUUUAUUUCAAUAUGUAGAAUUUUAUGUUUUGAAUUUGUGAUCCUAUAUUUUGUUAUUUUUUAUCUGAUUAUUUGAAGUAUAAUUGCAAAUGAUAUAAGAUCUACAGUAAUCUACACCCCAU